UCCUAUAAGACAGCUACUUUAUUGUUCCACUCGUGAGUUUUAUUAAGUUCAUAUUCGUGGUUAUACGUUUGGUGACAGAGUACUGGCCGACCGCCGUUCAGGUGUCCAGAGCAUCUCAACUUUGACGUUGACAGCUUUGAUGCAGAACAGUGUUGAAGUCGUGCCAAGAUGACAGAAGAGGUGAUUGUCAUCGCCAAGUUUGACUACAUAGCCCAACAGGACCAAGAGCUGGACAUUAAGAAGAAUGAGAGACUGUGGCUUCUGGAUGACUCCAAGUCAUGGUGGCGAGUCCGCAACGCCACCAACAAGACGGGCUUUGUACCGUCCAACUACGUGGAGAGGAAGAACAGCGCUAGGAAGGCCUCUAUUGUCAAGAACCUCAAAGACACACUAGGGAUUGGGAAGGUGAAACGGAAAACAGGAAUGAGGGACGUGGCCUCCAACGCUGAUCCCGACUUCUACUCAGACAACGGUGAGCGCUUGUACGACCUAAACCUACCGGCACUGGUGAAGUUCAGUUACACCGCUGAGCGGGAGGAUGAGUUGUCUCUGGUCAAGGGCACGCGGGUCGUGGUGAUGGAGAAAUGCAGCGAUGGCUGGUGGCGGGGCAGCUACAACGGCCGUUCGGGCUGGUUCCCCUCCAACUACGUGACGGAGGACGCCGACGGCUCGGCCAGCAGCAAUGACACCGCCGGCCUGUCGGAAAAGCUGGCGGCGGUGGUGCACAGCGCCAACGGCAACCGGGUGCUACACACGGUCCAGGCCCUUUACCCGUUCAGCUCGGCCAACGACGAAGAGCUGAAUUUCGAGAAGGGCGAGGUGAUGGAGGUGGUGGAGAAGCCAGAGAAUGACCCGGAGUGGUGGAAGUGCCGCAAGGCUGAUGGACAGCUGGGCCUAGUGCCUAAGAACUACGUCACUGUGCUCCAGGAGACACAGAACCAGGCCAGCAACGCUGGACCACCCACACCUGACUGUGACUACAUCGAACCAUCAUCCACUGGGCGCUUCGCUGGCAAGCAGUGGUACUAUGGGAAGGUGACGCGCCACCAGGCCGAGGUGGCACUCAACCAACGAGGGACAGAGGGAGACUUCCUCAUCAGAGACAGCGAGUCCUCACCCAAUGACUUCUCCAUCUCCCUGAAAGCCCAAUCCAAAAACAAGCAUUUCAAGGUGCAGCUGAAGGACAGCCUUUACUGUAUUGGACAACGCAAGUUCAACUCUAUGGAGGAGCUGGUGGAACACUACAAAAAGGCGCCCAUCUUCACCAGCGAGCAGGGUGACAAACUCUACCUGAUCAAGGCCCUGGCUGCCUCCUGAUCUACUCACAGGAACAUAUCCUGGAAAACAAAGACUUUACAUCUGGACUGACAGAAUGGGAAUAUUAAGCAUUCCAAGAAGGGAGGGAGAGAGUGAGAGAUGGACUCCCAGCUGUGCUAAGAGACUGUGUCGUGGUCGGACACUUAAAAUAUAUCAAGAUACAGUAUGCUUAGGUCAUAGGUGACGCAAUGUAUUUUGAUGUCAACAUUUAUAUGAUAUACAGUUACAUUUUUUUUCUUCUUUUCUUUCUACUUUUGUUAAUAUCUGUUCUUCCCAUCAAACUCUUUCGUAAUGUGAUGUUAAAUUAUUCUCAAAGCCAGUUUUGUUGGGUUUGGGAACGAUUUUUAAAGUCUAUUGUUGGUGUCUGUUGUCGACAGUCACAAAAUUAAGAUAACUGCGUUCCACGUUUCAGAGGUGUUGCAUAUUGGCUUUCUCUGCAUAGCUUCAUCUUUUAAACCGUUCAAAAACAUUGAACUGAAUUUUCUUGUUAUG